UGUACUAAGCCAGGGAGGGAGGGACGAGGUCCCGCCUUCGGUUCCCCUGUGCUUCAAAUUCUGUUUCUGUCCUUAUACUAUGAGGUAUCAGAAAUGGUCCCCAGCUCCUCCAUGCGACUCUCACCUCGGAGACAGAACUAAUAGCAGCCGAGUGUUGUGCUAACUCACAGACCACUUCCUCAUGAAUGCCACUUCAUCUCCCCCUGCGCACACACCUCGGAAAGAUCACUGAUAUUUGAUGCAUGAGGUGACUGAGGCUCAGAGAGAUGACUUGCCCAAGGUGAUCCAACUAGUAAAUGGCAGAGAUGAGGCUGAGACUCAGACUAGUCCAAAGUUCCUGGCCCCACGGAUUCACGUCUAAUAAGGUAGAGGUAGAGUGAGGAACUGUCCGGGUUGUCAGAAGGAGAUGGUAGUCUCUUGUAGGUCUCAGGCAGAGACAGAAGGUAUAAAGCCACACCCCUUUGGGGGACUGUGGCAGAUUGAUACUUGGGAUGACUGAGGACAGGGGUGGAGCUAGCUGGAGGGGAGCCCCAAGAGCAGUAGAGAGCAUGCGGUGCUAGGAGGCAGCUACAGAGGUGAGUGACUGUCUCCCCGCAGCUAAGCCUUUCCUCCAUUCCAACCUUUCUGUCCGUCCCUGCCACCUUGCACCACUCACCCCAAGGUGUCCGAGUAGUAGCCCUCCCUCCUACAAGGGCCCCUCACUCAUGGAGCGGCUGCAAUGGACGGCUAGGCCUGCUGGGUGCCAAGACACUUGGGCUAUUUCUCCAUCUCCGUCUCCAGUAUUCUGGGAGGCCCGUGUGAUGGUUUUGUGGGUGAUUAAACUCUUGACUUGUUGGGCACUUGCUGGUCUUCACUUUUGGCUUAUAAAAACAGAAUCAAACCAUGCGUUAGGCUCAUUCUGAGAGGAGACAGCUUCCCCUCCUCAGGGUUCCCUUUCCUUUCUCUCCGUUCCACGGGCAUCACAGCCGCCUCUAAACUUGUGCUGUGGCUCUCCAUCACUGGACAGGAAUCUCUGGGCUUCCUAACUCCUUCUCUGAGGAUGUCUUCUGGACAUGUCAGCCUUGGAGAGUGACGCCCUAGAGCCUGCUCUCCUGCUCUGUGACUUGUCUUGCUGCCUGCUCUGGCUUUCUGGGCUCACAGUGGGGUGGGGAUGGGGGGACCCACAAGCUUUAUGAGCUCUUUCAUCUUACUCCAUUAAUGCCAGGUUUUGUGCGAAGUGAGGAAAAGCCCAGGCUGCUCAGAGGGUUUUCCCUGCAAAAGAGCCUGGGGAAGCAAAAAUCUUGCAGCCUGAGUUGGCUAAACCCACUACUUGAUACCUCUGCUAACUGCCUGGCUCUUGCUCCUUAGGCCCCAAACCUGACCCAGCAUGGAUUCUUCUACUGCCAUAUCCCCACACCUUGCCUUUGACUUAGUUUGACUCAUUCAGGACACACAGCUCCAAUCUGAGACCAGAGACUCACUCUUUCUCCCUUCCCCUCCACAGGCCUGAGAAUUUGCGGUAUCUUCCUCCCCUUUCUGCCAUGGAUCCCCCAUUGUGACUUUUCUUCUGAAAACGGGUAGAUUAGCCAGGAGCCAUGCCCCAGACCCCCAUGAGACUGAUCAGCCCCUAUGGCUCUGAUAGGUUGGUGCAGUUAGCUGCUAGGCUUCGGCCAGCACUCUGUGAUACCCUGAUCACUGUAGGAGGCCUGGAGUUCCCUGCUCACAGCUUGGUGCUAGCAGGCGCAAGUCCACGGCUGGGCUGCAGGGGCCGGUGGGCUCUGGUCGAAGGCAUCAGCCCUUCUACCUUUGCUCAGCUUCUAACCUUUGUGUAUGGAGAGAGUGUAGAGCUACAGCCUGGGGAGCUGGGGAACCUGGAAGAGGCAGCUAGAGCCUUGGGGGUGCAGGCCCUGGAAGAGGCAUGCAAGAGAGCUCAAAAGGACAAGAGUGAAGAUGAGCUGGAACCAGGACUGAAGAGGCACCAGGAGGCAGAGGAACUCAGGAGGAAGUCUGAGAGAGGACUUGGGGGUCCUGGAGAGAAACAGAAGCCAGAGAAAGAUUUUAGAAGUAGUGGGAGAGAACAGGAGAUGCUAAAUAAGCGCAAAGCAGCCAGAGAGAGCCCUGAGAGGGCAGGGAUAACUAGGAAGAUGAGAUCAGAGGAGGCCCUCAGCCCAGCCCCUGUGGGCCACAGGGGAGCAGAAAGGAAGCAAGGAGAGGCCAUACGAGGUAUAGAGAGCCCUGAGCGCUCUGAGGAGUGUCUCCGUGGGUGCCCUGGUCCCCUUUCCCCACCAGGUUCCCUCCUAACCAGCCUCAUUCCCAGGCCCUGGUGGGCUGAGGCCCCUUGGUGUAGAGAGGGCCAACCUAGCCUGUGGAGCAUUUUCCUGUGGCCGCCCAGCUCUGGCACUCCCUUCUCCCUUAGCACCUCCAUCACUGCAGCCUGGCAGGUCUGGCCUCAAGACCAGAGGAUCCCACUGACCUUGAGCCACUCCAAAGGUCUCUGGAGUCAGAAUCAGCUGGCCUCCUCCAGCCCCACUCCAGGAUCCUUUCCCCAGGGCCCUGAACAACUCAGCCCUUGGGAGAUAGAAGAGUCUGGGCCAGGGCGCACAGGCACACUGGCAACCUGUGUGGGUCAAGAUCACACACUGAGCUGCCCAUCUCACCAACACCCACCUUUACCCCCUCCUGCUCGCUCUCGGCCCUAUUCUUGCUCUGUCUGUGGAAAGAGGUUUUCACUCAAGCAUCAGAUGGAGACGCAUUACCGAGUCCACACAGGAGAGAAGCCCUUCUCCUGUAGCCUCUGUCCUCAGCGCUCCCGGGAUUUCUCGGCCAUGACCAAGCACCUGAGGACACAUGGGGCUGCUCCCUAUCGCUGCCCUCUGUGCAGGGCUGGCUGCCCCAGCCUGGCUUCCAUGCAGGCGCACAUGCGCGGCCACUCGCCCAGCCAGCUGCCUCCUGGAUGGACCAUACGCUCCACCUUCCUCUACUCUUCCUCGAGGCCGACUCGGGCCUCGAUCUCUCCUGGGAAUCCUACCUCCUCCUCCUCUGCCACCUGACCGAGUGUUGCGAGCGUCCAACCCAAGAAUGAACGGCGGGCGGGCGGGCUCGGCCUGUCUCUAGGGCUGCCAGGCUAAUUUGACAGAAGCGCUGCGGGACAGGAACCACGAACCCUCUCCGGAUGAGUGAGGGUUGCAGAAGUCUCGGCAGCUGGCGGCGAGUCCGAGUCAAAGACAUUUAAAGUUGGCCGGAGUGAAGAGUAACUGUGGACUAUCAAUUUCAUCACUAUAAUAAAGAGUUUCCUGUGUUCUGUA